AUGGGUGAUGAUAGAGGUGCAGUCCGAGAAAGAUUGGAAUCCUCGUUGCCGAGUCUUGGCACUACGUGCUUUGUGAAACCCAAAGCCACGGGAGUCGUCAGCCUAGUUUUACAGUUCGGACUCCUGAUUGUGAGUGGAGUCACGACCAUCUUCUACUUCUACCAUGUCGGCGGAUACGAGUACAUGUCUUGGAACGAAAACUCUACAAUACUCCAACCGAUUUCUCAUCCGAAACCUGUCACAAUAGUUCAAGAAACUGUGGAAAUCCCUUUUCUGACUACUUUGCGCCCCGGAGAAGAUUCAGCUGUCGAAAGCGCAACCAUAGUAGCACCGUCAAUGGAAACAGAUUGGAGCCCAGUUCCUUCUGGAGAACCCCUAAGCAAUAUAACGUUUCCUGUUCCUGACGAUCCGCUUCUUCUCAAUACAACCGAACAAUCUGACAAUGUGGCCCUCGAAACAUCGAUGGAAUCUUCAACUACUGAGGCACUCGUUCUAUCUUCAGCAGUUUUACGAAAGAAAAGAGAAGUAGAGCAGAACGAAACGUUUGAAGUGACUCCAUUCUUGACUUCUUGUUUAUUUUUUGUUAUUUUUUAGGCAACAACAUUCAGCGAAGAUGACGAAAGAGCAAUGCUUAAUGAAGCUUUUUUCGGAAGCGAUGAAGACCUUGACGUUGACGAAUUGAUUGCCAACGGGACUAUAACAGGAAUCGAACAAGUUCCGAACACAACCAUCACAUUUGCGGUGCAUUUCUGAAGCUUUUGAAAUUAAUUCCAGUUUCACAGGGAAUGGAUCUUGAUUUACUCGAAGUGAUCCGUAUAUCUACACUCCUAUAUCUGUGUAUCUGCAUCUUCUGGUUCCUAACAAUGUUUUUCCUACUCAUUGCGAUCAAGUGUGAAGUAGUGGACUUAGUGAUAAUGAACGCCAUGCUUCUCCUCAUUGUGAUCAUUUACAAAAUUACGCAUUCAACACUGAUCGCGAUCUUGUUGUAUUAUCAGGUAAGAGGUAUCGGAUGUGCCUGAACAUAGUUGAGCUACAGAGAGAGAUGAGCUGGAGAACCAUGGCUAUCACGAUUGGAUCAAUCGUCAUCCUCGGCUGCUCAGCGAUACUGGGAUGCGUUUGUUUGGCCAUGGACUACGGUUGGAUCCGCUACAUCUCUUACAUGCACGACGACCAAAGAGUUAGUUUUUUUCUCUCCGUGGGAAAAUUUCUCACCCGUAGCUUUGAGAAAUUUUCAAAUCAUGUGAAAAAUAUGCCGGUUCAAAAAAAGCAAAAAAGAGUAUUUUGUGAAUCACGAGUUUUUUUUUCUCUGAAACUCUCGGAAGGUUUCGAUGCAAGUUUCAAUAUCACGGUUUUUCAAAAUCCAAGAUUGGUUUUUCAGUGCAUCUGCUUGGCAAUGAUUGUCAAAAUGAUCAAAGGAAAGGAACCUCCCCGGGAAACCUUCGCGGCAAAUCACUAUGCAAUGCCAGAAAAUACUCGGCCGAUUGAAAUUCCAUUCAGAGGCGAAUCUCCGAUCCAAAACUUCAGUUCUUUUUAA